AUGCUGGGCGGGCGCCGCAGCCCAAGCUGCAAACAUUAUACGCAACUCACCGCCAUGAGGACAGCAGCAGCUUUCGUUUCCCUUUGGGGCCUCGCCUGCCAGCAGCAUGUGUGUGGUUUCGUAGUGAACACCCCGGCGCUCAGACAAAGGAGCUCACAGGGCGCCGCUGCGCGAGCAACUUCAGCUCUCAGCAUGAAGGCCGGCCCAAACCCCAAGACGUGGUACCCGCACUCGGUGUCCAUGAUGCCCAACCCUGACGACCCGCCGGAGGUUGACCCUCGCCGCAAGGACCCUGACCGGCCGGCUGAGGCACCCCCGGUGCGCAUGCCCGUGGUGGACGUGGGGGGCAGCCAGAUGGACGUUAUCUCGAGGCUGCUCAAGGAUCGCAUCCUUCUCUUGGGGCAACAGGUGAACGACGAGGUCGCGAACGUGCUGGUGGCGCAGCUGCUGUACCUCGCCAACGACGACCCCGACAAGGACAUCACCCUCUACAUCAACUCCCCGGGGGGCUCCGUAUCUGCGGGCAUGGCCAUCUACGACGCGAUGCAGUACGUGCCGUGCGAUGUGUCUACCGUGUGCUUCGGCACGGCGGCGUCUAUGGGGGCCUUCCUUUUGGGCGCGGGGGCUAAGGGCAAGCGCCGAUCGUUGCCGAACGCGCGCAUCAUGAUUCACCAGCCCCUGGGAGGGGCUCAGGGGCAGGCGGCGGACAUCGAGAUCCAAGCUAAGGAGAUCCUGUUCAUCCGCUCGCUCCUCAACUCCUACAUGGCGGAGUACUGCGACCAGCCCGCCGACAAGAUUCAGGAUGACUGCGACCGCGACUUCUUCAUGACCCCCGAAGAGGCUAUGGACUACGGGCUCAUCGAUGAGGUGGUGACCACCAAGACCAGCCACAUACCAAAGCCAGCGAUGCCCAGCCUGGAGGAGGUCUUCUAAGCUUAUUUUUUUUGCGCUCGUUGGGCACGCAUUUUUGUUUUAGAGGGUUUUUGUUUCCUGUCGCAGCCAGGCCAUGCGGCCAGCCGUUUGUUUGACCAAUGGCGAUGGUUGAUUUGGACGUGUUUGCGUCGUUUUCUGCUCAAGCGGAGGCUGGUCAUCAUGGCCUCCGGCUGAUCAGCCCACGCCGAAAGAGUAGCGGUGAAUUUCGAAGACACCCAUCGGCAACCUGGGACAUGACAGCUGCCACUGUGGUGCGGGCCAUAUGCUUGGCUUGGACAAGUCGACCCGUCUAUGUAUCGCGAGAUUCUUUGUUGUCAAGGCAUCGCCUCUGCACUUGGCCCCGAGAUGACGGUAUUUCAGUUUUGUUCGGCGAGCCUUGUUGUUGGUUGGUAGCUGGCGUGAAUGUUCUUGAUGGAUACCCGGAUAAUAACCCGGCCACUUUCUGGCUGGGGUGGCGGGGGAUACCGAGGCUAAAACCUUGAAAAUGUUCGGGAACGGUGGGUAGUGCGAAGCGGCAAUGACGAGGACCCACGGCAGCCUGGCUUAUGAUCGGCACGGACAGAAAAAUGGCGACCUCGUGCUUGCGAACAAGAUCGGGUCUCCUCGGAACUGACGAGGAUGUUGUAUGGCCUUCUGCUAGUUGUCAACGUCCACUCUCACUUUCAAACUUGCUGAGACGGACGAGCGCACACCCCCCUCUCGACGUUAAGAGAUGGUCAGCAGAGGCGACGGGGGUUGAUCGACCGCACCUAAGAUUUCCUCCCAAAGAAUUGUUUGCUUGCGUCUUUCUCAAUACUUUGCCAAAC